GAUCAAUGUUGCCACGUAGCCAAAUCUCACUCCCACACAAAACAAAAAUUGCCUGCCUUUAUAUGGAAUGAAGAAAAAUCGAAUUUUGUAACUACUUUUGACUUUAAAAGCCACACGCCGUAUACGGCACACCAAAUGACCAAAAAUUUUGACCACUUUUUCUUUAAUGUCUGUCUUCUUAAAACUUAAAAGCUUGUGUCCCACUACUCACUCUCUUCUUCACCUCUUCAAGUCACAGUGACCAAAAUCACACACUAUGGAUCCAAAUGAAUCUCCACCAAUCCAAUUUCGCCACGUGGUGGCCAUGCCUUAUCCAGGUCGAGGACACAUCAACCCAAUGAUGAACCUCUGCAAACGCCUUGUCCGUCGAUACCCUAACCUUCACGUCACCUUCGUAGUCACAGAAGAAUGGCUCGGGUUUAUUGGAUCCAACCCGAAACCUGACCGGAUCCAUUUCGCAACUCUCCCUAAUCUCAUCCCCUCCGAGCUCGUCCGGGCCAAAGACUUCAUAGGCUUCAUUGAUGCGGUCUACACAAGAUUGGAAGAGCCGUUCGAGAAGCUUCUUGACGGCCUUAAUUCGCCGCCUCCGAGUGCGAUCAUCGCCGACACUUACGUCAUUUGGGCAGUGCGAGUCGGCAGAAGAAGGAAUAUUCCGGUGGUUUCUCUCUGGACCAUGUCAGCCACAAUUCUCUCUUUCUUCCUUCACUCUGAUCUACUCAUAAGUCAUGGCCAUGCUCUGUUCGAACCAUCAGAAUCUAAAGAAGAAGAGGUUGUUGAUUACGUCCCCGGUUUACCUCCGACUAAACUCCGAGAUUUGCCUCCUAUAUUCGAUGGUUACAGCCACCGAGUUUUCAAGACAGCCAAAUUGUGUUUCGAUGAGCUUCCGGGAGCUAAGUGCCUACUUUUCACCACUGCUUAUGAGCUCGAACCCAAAGCCGUUGACGCUUUCAGCUCCAAGCUUGAUAUCCCGGUCUACGCUACUGGUCCUUUAAUACCAUUUGAAGAACUUUCUGUCCAAAAUGAUAACAAGGAACCUGAUUACAUCCGCUGGCUUGACGAGCAACCGGAAAGCUCUGUACUUUACAUAUCUCAGGGGAGUUUUCUCUCGGUUUCGGAAGCUCAGAUGGAAGAAAUAGUGAAAGGAGUAAGAGAAAGUGGAGUCCGGUUCCUUUGGGUGGCUCGUGGAGGCGAAUCGAAGUUGAAGGAGACUUUAGAAGGUAGCUCGGGUGUUGUUGUGAGCUGGUGUGAUCAGCUUCGUGUGCUCUGCCACGCGGCUGUAGGCGGGUUUUGGACACAUUGCGGGUUUAACUCAACAUUGGAAGGGAUAUAUUCGGGAGUACCGAUGCUGGCGUUUCCGUUGUUUUGGGAUCAGAUUUUGAAUGCUAAGAUGAUUGUUGAGGACUGGAGAGUCGGAAUGAGGAUCGAGAGGGCGAAAAAGGCGGAGUUGUUGAUAGGGAGAGAGGAGAUUAAGGAAGUAGUGAAAAGGUUUAUGGAUAGAGAGAGUGAAGAAGGGAAAGAGAUGAGAAGAAGAGCUUGUGACCUUAGUGAAAUCAGUCGAGGAGCUGUUGCGAAAAGCGGUUCGUCUAAUGUUAACAUUGAUGCUUUCGUUAGGCAUGUUACCAAUACAAAUUAAGGCUCAAUGAGGUUUUGUUGUUUCAAUACAAAUUCAGGCUCAAUGACAUGUUCACUAAAUCAUAUGUAUCUUUUGAACUACAUAUAAGAAUGACUUGAAACCACCACCAAAUUAAAGCUAA